GCUCUAAUCGCUCCGUGCGGAAAUCGCGUGGCAGCAGCCGAGUGGAGGACGCGCGCGGCAUGUGAAUGACCCGAUCGCACGCGACGCUCGCAUCGCAACACGAGCGUUUGAAUCGGCGGAAGAUCGACGCGUUUUCCCCGAUGAUCGCGCGCGCUUCGCGUUGAAGGUGAAGUGGUCAUGUUGAGUGUUUGCGCUCUGCUGCUGCUGGCGGCUCCGGCGGCCCUCGGCUCCGACUCGGACACACCGAGACACCGACACGACUCCAACCUGGAGAUCUAUAAGCGUCUGUUCGAGACCAAAAGGAAAGAUCAGCUGAACGCUCUGAAGAACCUGGUGGAGCUCAACGACGUCAACCAACAGUACAAGAUCAUCGACAUCAUGCUGAAGGGCCUCUUCAAGGUGCUGGAGGACUCCAGAGCUGUUCUUAUCGCUGCUAACAUGCAGCCGGACGAUCCGUUUCCACUCGACGACAAACUCAAAGAAGCGUACUCUCACGUGGUGGAGAACACGGCGUUCUUCGGGGACGUGGCGCUGCGGUUCCCGCGCAUCGUUCAUCAUUACUACGAGCGUCACGCGGACUGGAGCGCUCUGCUGCGCUGGGGCCUGCGCUUCUGCAACCAGACCGGCGUCUUCAGCGGAGGAGCGCAUCAGCACGUGCUCACGCUGAUGUCACAGGAACUGGGCAUCACCGAGAAAUCUGCUGACUUCCUCAACCCGUAUCGCACUGAACGAGACGACGUGCUGCACACGGCCGAAGCCUUCCAGAAGAUUCUGCGUGAGGAAGAGAAGAGGAGGAGGAAGGAGGAGAAGAGGAAAGAGAUCCGCAAAGGCCCGCGCAUCUCUCGCUCCCGCAGCGAGUUAUAGAGGCGGGAGGAGCUCACACUAAUCAGGGAGCCUGUGCUGAUCUCUCACGGGCCGCGACAGGUUUACAGGUUUCACUACGAGUCUCUGAACACUUCAAUCACUUCUGCUUGAUUGAGGAGGCUCUGCGCUACAUCCUCUGCUGUGUGUGUGUGUGUGUUUAGUGCUGUAGCUCUAUACCUGUUUGAGGGGGAGGGGCCAUGGGAGGGAGAGGGGUCAGAUUAAAGGGGUAGGUAAGAGUGGGUAUAGUGAGUGGGCGUGGUCUAAGUAGGCGGAGUCUACUGGUCAUGUAUAGUGGGUGGAGCCAUCAGUGGGACAGUUAAUAGUGAGUGGGAGUGGUCUGAGUAGGCGGAGUCUUCUUUGCAAGGGUAGAUGGAGUGGAUGUGGUCAUGUAUAGUGGGUGGAGUCAUCAGUGGGAGAGUUAAUAAGGAGAGGUUUAAGUGGGCGGAGUCUUUGCAAGGGUAAAUUGAGUGGGCGGAGUCUUUGUGUCUCAGAUGAAGGUAUUUUGGAUUAUUUCGAUAUUUAACACAAAGUUGAUACGUUUUGAUAAUAUAAAGUCAGAAAUUGUUGAAGUUUCCAAACAUAUGAAAUCCUUUUGUUUAGAUUAAAUAUAAAUGCUUUAUUUGGGGAGACCUUAUAGUCAAAUAAGAAAAUUGUUGGUGAUUUAAUGACUUUCUGCUUUCUUUAGCAACUAUUAAAGAUUUGUAUAUUUAGCCCAUUGUGUGUGUGGACGGUGUGAAACUCAGAUCAGAGCUGCACUGCCAGAGAAAUUUGUUAACCAUGAAUCUGAAUUAAACUGAUGUCAGUGUGAAUGCGGUUCAGAGCUGAUUCGCUUCAGUUUGUCCGACAGCUGGAGGGGUUUCAGGCGAUCGAGACGCUUUCAUACAGGCUUCAUCGAUCCGGUCAUGUGACUGUUAGUAGAAUAAGUCUGUUCAGCAUCUGUGGGAGAUUAUUACUGAGAGAAUUAAUAAAGUUUAUUGAACAAA